CCAGUGGGACGAGAAGAAAAAACUUCAGUUUAUGAACUGCCACCAAGUAUGCAUGUUGUCUGUCUCUUUGGCUGCCUGUUACUCGGCAGGGAGGUGGAAUCAGUAUGCCAUAGCUAAGCUUUGAUUUGUCAAGUUUACAGAACUUUCCCUUUUAAUCCUUGCUUUUUUCGUAACAAGUUGACUCAGUUUCAUUUGGAGUGUGCUACAGCUACAAUGUGUUCUGCAGUGAUCUCCACAGAAAGUAUGGGCUCAGAAGCUGAGGAUUCUAAAGACGUGGCUACAGAUGUCUUUAAUUCCAAGAAUCUGGCUGUUCAGGUCCAGAAGAAGAUCCUUGGAAAAAUGGCGUGCAAGUCAGUGGCGAAUGCCCUUAUAGAUGACACAAGUAGCAGUGUUUUAGAUGAGUUGUACAGCGUAACCAAGGAGUAUACACAAAGCAAAAAAGAAGCAGAGAAGAUCAUCAAAAAUCUCAUUAAAAUUGUCCUGAAGCUAGCAAUUCUCUACAGAAAUGAUCAGUUCAAUGAAGAUGAAAUCGCACUAAUGGAGAAAUUUAAAAAGAAGGUUCAUCAGCUGGCCAUGACAGUUGUCAGUUUCCAUCAGGUGGAUUUUACCUUUGAUCGGAAUGUUUUAUCUAAAUUGUUGAAUGAAUGCAGAGAAAUGCUGCAUCAGUUGAUAAAUCGUCACUUAACAUCAAAAUCACAUGGACGUAUUAAUAAUGUCUUUAGUCACUUCUCAGAUUGUGAAUUUCUGGCUGCUUUGUACAAUCCCUAUGGAUCUUACAAGUCUCAUUUGCAAAAACUGUGUGAUGGUGUGAACAAAAUGCUAGAUGAUGGGAACAUUUAAGGAGCUGCACUCCCUUGGCUUUUCUGACAUAAUUGUAAAGGAACUGCUAAUCUAUGAAGGAAAAAAGGGACCACACAAAUGGGUAAAAAAGAAUAUAUACAUUGUGUAAUAAAACCUGAUAUGAAAACCUGUAUUUGAUUGUUUAUUGUAAUGAGACUCAUUUUAUUGUUUAUACAAGUCUAUGGGCAAAAAGGCCUUUGUGUCAUUGUUUUGUAAUGCAUCUCUGUAGAAAGGCUGUAAAAAGAGCUGGAAUUUGGCUGAAAAAUAAAGCUGCUAUGGUAAGAUACAAUUUCUUGUUGAAAAAGAAAGGCUAUAAAGGCCAGGUUAUGCACUAACAUAUGUGUCACAGAAAAAAGCAGCAAUUUAACACUUUCUUACAUUAUACUGUCUCGUUAAAUAUCUGGAUCCCCUCUUCCCCACUCCAGUGCAUUUACACGAAUGCAUGUUAUUGAGUGAAAAUAAGCAGUAGUCUUCCAAACCCAUUUAGAUGGAGAUUUGAAUUGUACCUUCCAUCAUGAUGAUUUCACCCUUCCAUUAUCUAGCCUUUGUGGAGCCAAAUAAAGGGGGAUUCUUGUUCCAGCUGACAAAUUUGUUAUAUUUAAACAUUUAAGAAAAGCAUGAUCUCUCAAGAGCAAUGCACUCAGGAUGAGGUAAUGAAAAUGUAUUUGUUUAAAUGUUGGUGGUAAAUGAAUAGUUGUACUAAACAAAUGAGUACGGGAUACAAAUUGACAGCUAGGCAGAGGGUGAGGAUCCAGAUGUUUCAAUGAGUGUCUCACUUUAUUUAGCAUGCUUGCUUUAGUGGUAAUUUACUAUUAAACACCCUAGACGUCAGAAAAUAGGCUUCAUUCUGGUCUCAUCAUCUUUUCAGGUAACUUGUUUUUUUUUUUUUCCCUCAAAGUGGGUUUUGUAAAACACUGCAAGCCAUCUUAGGAAUGUAGAUUAACAGAAGUGAAUGCAGAAGUCAGGCCAGCAGCCUUUUUCAGAAACUGGCAUUUGUGCUUACUACUAAAAAAAUUGUGUUAAAAAAUGGUUUUAAUAUUCCUUGUCCUUUACUUAUGAGAAUGAUGUGUACCUCAGACAACCUACUGUAAUCCUAAAACUGCCUUGAUGGCCGUGGGAUGAUGUCUGCGAAUACACUGUACAUAGAAGUAAGAAAAGACUUCAGAACCUUGUCUGAAUAUUGACAUUAGCUUUACAGACUUUUGUCUUAAGUGUGAAGCUAAGAUUUAUUCUGUAUGAUAGCCCAGCACUGCCAGUAAAGAUAAGGGUUUAAGGGAAGCCCUAGCCCCCAUUUCCUUUUCAGUUUGCAUGCAAUUUGUUUCUCUGUGGAAUAUAUUUGCAUCCCUGACAUAAAGUGCUGUUGUCUCAGUCGGUUUAAAGUUUUAAUUUUUUUUUUCAAAUUGAUUUCAAGGAGUAACAGGCUGGUUAGACUCAGACUGCUGCAAUUGUGAAUAGGAUGAAAACUGAUGUAGUACUUUGGUGGACUAAGGUACAUUGCUGUGCAUUUUAAUUAAAUUGUUUAGAAACAUGUUAAAACUUGUUGAGUUAGCUUUUUUUGACAGAUGCCUUCAUAAUUUGAGUUAAUUUCCUGGAUUAUUUCUGAAGCUGUUUAAAAGUACUGAGGAAAUGUAAAUCUUAAUUAUUUUAAAGCACAGUUCCAGUUCAGUACAGUGCAAGACUUACUAAAAACUAAUAUGCUGCAAAAUUGAUAUUUGCUUAGAAAAAGGUGUUUAAAAUUACUUAAAUGUCUGCAGUAGUGUUUAACCAUAGCACGGUGUGAAAAAGCAGUCACAGCUGGAGACUAAGAAUAAUUAGUUUUAUUCUUUCUCCUUUUCAAAUUAAUGUGUUGUGAUUGUGUGGCAGUAUAUUAUUUGAAUUCUUUGCAGUUUGUUGCUGUCCCAUGCCAUUCAAUGGAUGGCUUUAAAUUGGGGGAGGGGGAUAAAAGACAUUUUAUUCUCUUACAGUUAAAAGUAUUGUACUGUUAUGUAUUUUCUAGAUAUUGCUACUGAACUGAGAUCUGAACUUUGUUACUGAUAUGAAAUUUCUGACUUGUGUUGAAGGGACUCUAAGACCAGCCAGCUCAUUACUUCUAAGUGAAAUGGCCUGUAAACUGCUACAUUUUUUUUAUAAUAGCACCAGUUUUGUAUCACAAUUGCACCAUUCUUUUAUAAGUAGCACAGCUGAAGUACUUCUCCCUUUAAUACAUAUUAAGAGUUCCCUUAAAUGGCUUUGGAAAGUGAUAUUGUGGAAUCUGGAGGGUGGAGUGUCCAUAUGUUCAGUGUUGGCUUUUUAAUAUUUUUACUUUUUCUUAGGGGGUCCCUUUUUAAAUAUCGAUUUGACUUUUGGAAUUGGUUAUAUUAUGAGUGUACUGCUGUUUGUGGUGUUAUGCUCCCUUGAUAUCAUAUGACUUGCAGGUAAGACAAGACAGUGCCCGUCAGUAUAAUUUAGGCCUUCUUCACCUGAAGGAAUGUAGAAGGAAUGUUAGUAGUCAGCUCUAAGCACAUUAUCAUACUCUGGCUGACUGUAAACUGGAGUGAAAAGUGCUGUAUGUGUGCAUAUUGUCAUUUUAAAAAGUUCAUUUUUCUAGAAAAUAAUACAAUAUGCUCUGCAAAAAAUUGUAUAAAUGUUUAUAUUCCUAUAGGGAAACAUAAGGAAGAAAAUAAGCCUGUUGAAGUCUUGGUAUCAUUGCAAUGAGGCUACUCACACUGCAACAUAUCUGGUUUUGUAUAAAAGGCACCAAACCAGCUGUCCUCAUAUAAACUGUAUGAAUUUAAAAUAUUUUAAAAAUUUGCCGUUGAAGUAACACCCUUGCAUUCCUUAUUCAUUGACACGAACAGCUGAGAAAUGUUUCACUUGUUCAGUUACCAUUUGAAAAGUCCCUUUUUGCUUGCUGCAUUUUAAGGAAGACUAAGUGUUCUGACACACUUAUACUUGACCACUGACUUGCAGUACUGAGCUAAGGAUAGAUGUAAAACUGGCCUCUUGCUUUGUGGGAUUUAUGUUGGCUUUUUUGAGCAUAAUUGGGAGUAUAUAUUCAGUCUAUUUCCUUGUAAAAACAAGCCUGUCAUGAGGUAAAAGAAUGCUUCACAGUGUAAUUUAACAGCCUGAGUGUCUAGCAUCCAGCCUGGAAAAGCAUAAAGCAGCAGUUACGUCAUACUGUAAAUUCAAAUGCCUUUCAUUUUGUUUGAGCUGCAUUGAAAUUUCACUGUGGAAAAAAAGUGCACUGCAGUUUAUCUGUGGAUUUAGUUUGGUUUUCGCUGUAGCUUAAUCAGUGUUUCCUGAGCACAAAAUGAUUUCUUUGGAAUAAAUAGUAAUUAUACAAUGUUUUCAGGUAAAAAUUCCUUGUCUGUGUUAAGGCACAGAAAAAUUUGAAUACUUCACCUCUGUCAAAGUUUAACUUCUCAGCAAGUGACCUUUAACUGGCCAGUAUUGUAAUUUCCAUUUUAUACAGAUGUUUUGGUGACUGUAAAAAUGCCUGGUGAUUUUGAAGUGCUCAUUCCACCCAGAUUUAACAUUAAAAACAAAUGUCUUUCCUUGCUGAUGCUUUUAAAUGUUGAAUAGUAAUAUAUGCUGCAUAGAUGCCAAAAUGUAUUGUAAUGAGAAUAAAGUAUUGUGUUGCACAUAACGUAUGUGCCAACACUUAUGUUUUUUAAAAGUAUUUCAAGUCUGGAAAAUGUAUUCAGUCUGUGAUUCCGUCAGAUACUGUAACUCUGUAAUAUUUAAAACAUGUUGAGGCCUUUAAACUGUAAACAGCAUAAAGGAUUUUAAAUAGUCCUGUUCACUGGAAAAAAGUAAGAUUACUUUAUGCUUUGUUAAAUAAUUUCAAGCAGAAUUAUUUUUAUACAGUAUGUUUCUGAAUUUGCAGUUUGAUAAGCCUUCAUCUAAUGAGAAACGUUUUGUUGUUUUGCAUCUUUUUAUUUUCUGUGUGUUUUUUAAAGUAAACCAAAGAAUUUGUUUGCACUUCA